AUGACUACUGUACACAUCGACGUCCUACCACCACGUCCUACACACGAGGAGGAGGAGAAUACAUUAAGCAAUGAAGACCCAUUACUACGUCUUCCUUCUUCCUCUACUACUACCACCACUACUACUACUACUUCUACUACCACUACUUUACCAUUCAAUCAAACAAAUGCUCAUCCUUAUCGUUCUCAUCGUGCUGGACCUUCUCGACGUCGUAACAUUGGCAAAGGCAUUCAAUUGAUUCUACUUCGUAAAUACGUUCAAUGUGCAAAGGAAUUAAAUCGAUUACCUGAUCGAUUACUGACGGAAGAAUUACUUGAACAAGGUUAUGAUGAAUUUUAUUAUCAAGGAGGGAAUUUAAAUGAAUAUCGAUUGAAUUAUACGGCAUUUCUUAAAUUAGUACGUAAUCGAAGAAGUGAAGUACGUGGAAGUAGCUUACGUAAUCAUCAACGAGGUGGAACGAGACGCUCGCACAAGGAACAGAUGGAGAUACAAAUGCUGAUUAACGAGUUAGAGCACGUGCGACAAGCUCAGACGCGGAAUACGAUGAAUAAUGAUGCACUGGGCACGAUUUCAAGCAAUGAACAUUCGCGUCCAGUGAUGACGGACAUGUCUGUACCGAUUUUAUCGGACUCGUCAUCGAUGAUGGGAAAUACGAGAACCGACGGUGGAGUAUCGACGGAAGACGUGUCCGCAUCAGAGACGUACUCUUCCGUCAUGUCAGGGACAGAUGAGAAAAAUGACAGUGUGGUUGUCUCGCAAUCCGAGUUGGAAGUGAUGCUGAGAGUGGCACAGGAGACGCUCAUGGCGCAGAAAAAGAUUUUGGAGGAGGUUCGAGCAAUUGAACAGCGGAUUGCAGCCAUUUACUAG